AUGUCGUCCACGAUGGUCGAGUUAGAAGGAUGUUACACCUGCCGGCAUCGGCGAAUACAAUGCGACAGAUCCGGUAUUCCCUGCUUGAAAUGCGAAAAGGGUGGAUUCGAAUGUCACCAGAAACGCCCCAUCAGAUGGGUCAAGGGUGUCGCCAUCCGAGGCAAGAUGCAGGGGGUGUCGUACAGUCGAUUAAAUAUUCUUGCAGGGGAUGGGCAGGGCCUGAUCAAGUUAAGACGUGAAGGUCGACGAGAUUUGCCUACUGGCUUAGGGGACGUAUCCAUGUCAAGCUUGGACCGAGUGUCGAAAUAUUAUCUCGACUAUUAUAAUGAUCGUAUAUGCAAGCUCUUCAUUGUCUAUGACAGUAACCAAAACCCAUUUCGCAGUUUGGUCUCACUGGCAGUAAAGGAUCCCCUCCUGCUCAGUGCGGUUCUUGCUCUCGCAGCAAGGCACAGAGCAAAUGAAGGUCGGACGUUUAACGGCAGUGAAGCACGGAUCCCUUGGAUGGAUAAUGCUCAACGAGAUGCACUGGUCUUUAAACAUCAGGCGAUACAAGGCCUGUCGCAAAUUGUCGGUGAUCCAGAGUCUUGCAGAACAGAUUCAACUAUUGCGAGCAUUUUCCUUCUCAUCUUCCUUGAUCUGGUAGAGUCAGGGAACGAUCGGUGGAAUGCCCAUCUGGAAGGUGCAAAGACUCUCUUAUCUUUGAACAAGUCGUUGUCACAAGUCAACGAUCCCGGCCGGACAGUACAGGAGAUACGGAGCUUUAUCACUAAGCAGAUUUACCUAAUCGAGACGCUAGGUGGGACCCUUGUACGGCCGAAUCUACUAUCACAAGUUCCUGUUGCGGAAGAAGUAGAAAUGGGACCAGAUACAGUCGAACAGUCGUUUCUCGGCUGUCCGGAGCAGCUUCUCAACGCGGUUCAAUUUUUCUCUCUCCAACGAGAUCUUGCUAGCGCUGGACAAGGGUCAGACGCUAGUAUUUGCAACAUCUCAUUCAUGAUGGAAUCCGUCCGCAGCUUUGAUACCUAUUCCUGGGCUGCAAAUCUCCCUCAAUCCACAAGGCAUGCUACCCACAAUAUUGCGACUCUUGCCGAAUGCUAUAAACUGGGUGCUCUCAUUUACGGGCAGCGCGUUCUAGAUAUGCUUAUUGAUGAAGACACUUCUCAAGAAGAGGUGCUACACAACCUCUUUGGUACCAUCGAAUCCCUCAAAGAGGACGCUACAUUGUUCAAGUGCAUCCUAUGGCCCAUUUUCGUUGCUGGUCUUGAGUGUCGCUCGUCGAUCGAACGAGAAUUUGUCACCCGAGCUUUGGAGAGGUUCUGGACGGUCACCCUGUGCUUGAACACGGUCAACGCUGGGAAGAUUCUACAGUCAUACUGGCAGACCCAAAACUGCGCUGAGAACCGGCCCUCAAACUGGGUACUCGGUAUAGGACAAUUAGGAGAGGACUGGCUACUCAUUUGA